AUGGAUAUUGAAUAUAUUCACUUUCAAUUUGAAAAAGACUCAGAUAAGUAAACAGGAUACUCUUCCUUUUUCACCAAACUCUAUCAUCAAAAUUAGAAAUAGGAAGCUAUUGAAAACUUCUAAAAACUAUUAGAGCAGAACCAAUAAUCUAAUAAAUUAAUUGUAGAAUUUUAGAAUUCAAAUAAUGAGAUUAUUUGUCAGUUUAAUGAGUUGUUUAGUGAAUUAAAGCACCUACUAAAAGUUCCUAAUAUAAAAGUGCUCAUUAAAAACUUUAACUAUGGAAAGUACUUUUUAAAUGGCUCAUACGGGCUAGUUGUUGAUUUUUUAGACAAUUUUAGACAUUGCCUAUAAUCUUUAGAAAUUAAUAUGGGAACCCUAUUUACAAAUGUAGAAGAACUUUCUUCUUUUUCGAAGUUAUUUGAAAAUGCUCAUAAAUUAAAUUCCUUCACCUUAAUUUUAAAGCAAUAGGAAAAAUCUGAAAAAGCUAUUCAAAUAAUAUCGAAAAGUAUAUCUACUAAAUUAGAUUCAUGGGAGAAAUUAAACUUUAACUUUGAAUAAACUUCUUUAGACUCAUAUAAUUUUGGAGUUAUUUGUUAGCAAAUUUAACAGUGCAAAAAUUUAAGCUCAUUGAGUAUCAAUCUCUUUUAUAAUAAGUUAGAUUAGUUAUGUGGAAAUGAUUUAGGAUAAGCGUUGAGUUAAGCUGUUAAUUUAUAAUCUUUGUUUUUAGAUAUUGGAGAUAAUAUAUUAGGUGAAGGUAUUAUACCUUUAUCUCUUGCUAUCAGGGAUCAUAAAAGUUUAUAAAAUUUAAAGCUCUUUUCAAGAUCAAACUUUAUUAAGGAACAUUUUUAACACCUUUUGAUUUCAUUAAACAAGAAUAAGAGUUUAGUAAACGUUUUACUUAAUUCAAGAAAUAACAAAAUCUAAGGAUUGCAUUUUGAAGAAGGAGAUUUAGUUCAAAAUAAAAAUAUAGCAAGUUUAGAUCUUUAAAUUUAAGAAUUUCAUUCAUUAUAGAUCCAAAAAUAGAUUCUAAAAUACUUGAGCUCAUUAUCUUUCAUAGAAAAUAUAAAUUUUUAUGGAUCUCUUUUGCUUUCAGCUGAUUCAUUGUCCAUCAAAUAAGUAUUUGAUACCUUAUUUAGCUUAGAUUAUCUUACAUCCUUUUCGAUGACAUGUAACAGGCUAAUGAAUCAAUUUGAAUAAAAGAUCUUCCUAUCUGAAUAUAUUUUAAAAAGAAGAAGAACAUUAUAUCAAAUAGCCGUCUUUUAAAAAUAAAUUGCACAACUACUCAAUUUCAGUCCUAUCUAAACAUUUUUUGAUAUUUAAUUUGAAAUCUGA